CACUCACUUGGUUUAAACACACCAGCUGCCCCACACCUCGUCCCGUCCAAUUGACGCUCUUGAGUUGCAGCGUCACUGCAAAGGCCAAACCGACCGGGCUUCAUUCCUGAAGUCACAUCAUUACAGCCGCAUGGCGUGGCGCAAUCAGUCACCCAAGCAAAACCGCUGAUGAAUACCAGUUUUGGCACCAAAUAUAGCUGCAUUACGCAGUUAAGGCCAGGUGUUUCAACUCACAGCAGUAGUCGACUGUGGGAUGGUACUGAGGCACCACGGCCUCCUUACAAUAAAGGAUAACGUUUGAUGUCUGCUGAGAUCAAAUCAAAACGGAUCAGCCUUCAUUACUGAGCCAUCUUUACCAAUCCCAACCAUGAGGGACAGACUGAGCCACCUGCAGGAAAUGUCCAAUGGACAUGUGGAACAGAUGGAGUACGCAGAGUCCACUGUCUCCGACUCCUUCAGCAACGUGGACCUGGAAGAGGAGUUGCCCCACGAAGCAGUAGUGUUUGACAACAGCCCUGCUUUGGAGGAGGUCUUUUCCCAGUCACAAGAUAUCCACAGAGAGAUCCAGCUCAUCCGCCUGGAGGUUAAAAGGCUCCGUGAGCAGAACUCUCGCAUGCUCCAGGGCAUCACCACCAUGAGCACUAUCAAAAGGGACUCUAACACCAUUGGUGCUGAUAUAAAGGCUCGGGCUGAGGGUGUGCUGGCACGACUGCGGGAAAUGGACGACACCUCCCACAAGCUAGAGGAAGCACACGGCUCAAAUUCCGCCAUCACACGUAUCGCCAGAACUCAGUAUGCUUGCCUCAGCAAUGGUCUCCGCGAUGCCAUGUUUGACUAUAAUGAGGCGGAGAUGAGUCAUCGGCAGAACUGUAAAGCCCAGAUCCAGAGGCAAAUGGAGAUAGUGGGACGUGAGGUGACAGGAGAGGAGGUGGAGGAGAUGAUUGAGACAGGCCAGUGGAACAUCUUUAAUGACAACAUUGUGGUUGAAGGUAAAACUGCUCGAUCGGCUCUGUCCCAGAUUGAGAAACGCCAUCAAGAGCUGGUGGACCUGGAGACCCGUAUCAAUGGCAUCCAUGAGAUUUUCCUGGACAUCGCCCUACUGGUGGAGGAGCAGGGCCCCAUGCUGACCUCCAUCCAAACCAACGUUCAGAAAACUGACGAGUGCAUACAGGAAGUCCUCGUCAAACUCAACAGGGCUAAACGUCAUGACAAGAACAACCCCUUUAAAAAAAUGUUUUGCAGCUGUUUCCCAUGCUACCAAGACUGAGUGUCAAGCGCAGAGAUGGGUAGAGGGGAUGGCACAAUAUGCAAAGAGGAGGGGAAAUCUUAAGGAAGUUUUCUUCACGUUUCAAUACGCUCAUCCUGUUGUCACAAAGCAUUUAUCAACAUGGCCUGUACAGCUAUUGCAUAAUAAAAUUUUCCCCAGGAAGUAAAAUGGAGUUAGUAAUGGAAAGGCUAAACUAUUAUGUCUAGAUUGAGAGACAAAAAUUCUUGGGUGAAAUAUUUUUAAACUGUAUUAAAGUACUCCACUGACGUCUGUAAUGUUUGGAUGAAAGGUUUGAGACGGGUAUCUCAUAUCAGAAUGACCCCCCCCCCCCCAUGACUGAGGUGUGAUGCAGACCGGAAACAAAUACUUUUUGGAAAUAUUUGUUUUCAUAGCCUGCUGAAUUUCCACAUGAGAGGGAUUUACCAAAUAGUUUGUCAUUUUCAGAAAAUUGCAGAAAGGUGAGUUAUGUUUGUGCUGGGCCUGCUGCCUGACACAAGGGUGCCCGAUACAGUAAAUUCCACUAAUAGUGAACCCUUAAGAAAUGCAGAAAAUAUUACCCAAAGUUAUUUUUGAGUGCCAUCCAUAUUUGUCCCUACAUGUCAAUUCACUAAAAUGGAUGUCCUAGAUGUAAGGCUGAAAGAAAUAUUUUAGAAAUUGCACAGUUUAGUUGUCCUUGAUUAGAUUGUGAAUCUGUUCUGCUUUCCUGUGUGUAUGUUAGAAUUCUUUGGUUGAUAGUAACUAGCCAUUUUGUGCUAAAUACAUUGCACAACACUUUUAAAAUGCCAGAUUGUUUUCUCUUUUGAUGGCACCAGUAACUGAGGAGUGACAACAGCUUUAAUAGAUUUAUUGUCAGUCUCAAUGUUAGGGAUCACAGAGUGAAUGUAAUCUGAUGUACACUAAUCUUUUACUUUUCACUGAUAUUUUAUGACUGAUAUGUAUGAUAAUACCUGAUUAUGUUGUCUGCCUUUCUUCUGUGGUGUAUGAUGUAUAUUACAUAAAGAGUUAUAUUAAAAUCA